AACAAAACACACACGUACUAUGCUCGUUGCUGCAUGAAAAUAUUUAAAUAAUUAAUUGUUUCUUGUGAUUUUAACGAAACUUUUGUGAUUGUGGUAAAAAUACUAAUGGUAAACCCAAAAAGCUGACCUAGGUUAAUUUUGAAAAGCCAUCACAUUUUGUCAAUCAGCUCUAGUUUUUGAGAUAGAGGCUGGUUCCCGAAACCAACACAAUGAUUUCCAGUUCUGUGUCACCCUCAAUAUGAGCGGAUCCGAAAAUAAGAAUCUUAAUGCAUUCAAAAUUAAAGAGGGUGAGUCUAUAUUGAACCAUGGAUCCACCAACAAUAAACAAGACAAAAAGGAGACGGAAACGGAAUCCAAAAUGGAGGAGAAGGUAUCUGAGGUCAGCCAACAAUUGAGCACUGAUAAUAAGCAAUACGAAGAAGUUUUGAAUUUUUUAAAAGAUUUACACUCAAGAGUUGAAUAUUUACAUGAAAAACAACAAGAAAUCAACGAAGGGGCUUUGAAUAAAGAUGUAUAUUAUCAAAACUUGCAAAGCCUUGAAAAUCAAUUGAAAAUUAUCAAAGAAGAUCAGUUAAAUCACAAAGCAAACACUCUGCAAAACUAUGAAUACUUCAAAGAUGAACUGAGGAAGUGUCAAAACACCUUGAUGAGCUUGGACAAGAAACAAAAUCAGCACAAACAAGAGUUUCUGGCACAAAUUAAGUCGUGCAACUCCAGAACGGAUGACCUCCAGUUCCAACUAACGGUCACAAUAAAUGAAAUAGAAGAUCUAAAACAAAAUAUCAUUGGCAACAACGAAACAUUUACCUCGUACCUGCGACAAUUAAAUCAACAGUUAUCAAAUCUCAACCGCGAAUUUACCACUUUCGUCAAAGAAACUGAAGUCCGAAACGACGACCUGUCACAAUGGAAGUCCAGUCACACAAAAACGUUGUACCAACUGAAGGAAACGUUGACUUUAUGCAACAACACGAACAAGAAACAGGCGCAAGACAUGGAAGAAAUUGGUACAACACUUAAACAAAUCAUGGACGUGCAUGCCGGCAUUAAAACGACCUUAAAACAUCAAGAGGGGCUCUUAGAACAUCACAAAUUUGUAAUAAAAUACGUGAAGGAAGACGACACAGACAUUUUCAGGCGCCUCAAUUCUUUACAAAAUGCACUUAAGAGUGUGAAAAUUGGUUCAUUAGAAAAAUAAUAAAUAUUUAAUUUAAUUUACUUAGUAUUAAUUUAAUGCAUAAAUUAUAUGUUUAUAGUAUUUUAUAAAAUGUUUUUUAAUCUUCUUUUGAGCUACCAGUAGAAUAUUAUGGGUACUAGAGGCUGAAGAGGGAUAGAAGAAAUACCCAAAUAAAGAAAUA